UACCGAUGGCGCGCUUUCGCAAAAUUUCCUUGAUUUUCCGAUUUUGAACAAAAUCGUGCUCUUGUCUUGGUAAGUUUUAGUGCAUUUUACAGAAUGUCAACCUUCUCCAAAACUCCACAUCUGCUAACAAAGGAAAGAUUAAAGAGUGCCUUGAGAGCCAACAAUAUUCCUCUGCCGAGAGCGGAGCAAAAGAAAGCUUUCUAUGUCGACUUGUACCUCGAGCACUUGACUUCCCAAGACGACGACGAGGAAUUUUCAUCAGAUGAUGAUGAAUCGUCCGAGUAUUCUCCGAUGCGAGCCAGUGAGAAACUUCCUAGUAAGCCACCACAAAAGAUUGUACUCAAUAAAAGAGUGAAAGGUGGUCUUCCAUUCGAUGUGACAGCUUUGUCUGAUGGUGAUCUUGCAAGGCAGUUGAAAUCCUUUGGCGCCGCUGCAGGACCAAUCACGGACUCCACUCGUCCACUGUAUCAGAAGAAACUUGCUAAGUUGCUGACUGAGGAGUUAAAACACCCUGCCAUCCCACCCUCAGCAAAAAUCUCACCCAAGCAAACAAAGGCAUCCCCACCAGAACGAAAGAUUAAGAAGGAAUAUGAAGACUUUUCAGAUGGUACUGAUGAUGCUACAGCAGAUGAAAUGGAUCUGGAGUCAGUAGAACGUUUAGACUCUUAUAACAUGGAUGAAGAUCAGAAAGAUCAACAAUUUGCUCGCCCAGAAGACCUUCCUCUUCCAAGAUUGAGUUCAACACCAUCAACAUCAACACCCAGAAAAAGAGUUGUUACAAGCACAGUGACAACACAACAGCAGACUAGACAAACUUACAGCAACGAUACAGGGAACAGUGUGAAACAAACUGAUUCUGUGGAAACUGUAGCUGUCAAGAAGAAGUCUCCACCAACCAAAGAAGAAAAAGGCAUUUGUGGUCCUCACAUUCAAAUUUUACUUGCCGUUGUAGUUUUUCUUGUCUUCACAAUAUUUUUAAUUUACCAUCUGAUGGAAGAAAUGCCCAAAAAUGAGAUAGAAGGAAAGUAAUUCAUUUGUAGUGGCAAGUGCAUCUAGUAUAGGUUGUAAUGUUCUUCCUGUUUGUUGCAAAGUGUUUGUUUAAGCACACCCUCUCGCCCUGUGCUAGGGCCUUUUUCUUCCAGACUGUUUAGCAUUUUGCAGGGACUUGGUACAGAUCAGUUUAAAGUAUGGGAGAAUAGGGAAAAAGUCUGGAAAUUUCACAGAUGUACAUGUACAGGGCUGUGCUCCAGAAGCGUCCCGGUGCCACAGGCGACUGACUAUUGCCUUUGGGUGACUGGAAAAACUUACUUUUUUUCAUAUAAGCUUAAGUUCUGGGUACCCAGGAUUUUAUGCUUGGAACCUUUGGGCUCCUCUUAAUUUUUCUUAGACCACAGCCUUGAUGUAUAUGUACAGGGCUCAAAAAAAAAAGUGUCAUCCAGUAGUUCGGAACAAGUAGAUUUUUCUGCCAGGCAAGCAACUUUUCAUUCUCACUUGCCCAGGCAAAUCAUCUGCCAACUAAAUUAGAAAAAAAUUAAACUUGGACUUGCCCAGGGCAAGCAAAAAUUGAGAGCUGUUAUCUGAAAGGUAAGCUGGAAUUCAAGUAUUUUUUCAAGCCCUGAAUAUAGCUAAAAUCUCUUGGAGGUGCAAAUUUUCUUGAUCACUGGGUUACAGUAAACAAAGAGAUGUUUUCUCAGCCAGAGAAAUCAAGAAACAGUGUGUGCAAGGAAAGUCCUGUCUGAUAGUCGAGGUCCAACGGAUUUUCCAUUCAGGGUGGUGGAUUCUGUCUGUCCUUCACUUGUCCAAAGUGCAAUGAGGCUUCUUAAAUCAUAGAUAAAUCAUAGAUAGAGCAACCCUGAAGAUCUGUCUUCUUUGUACCCUGAAAACAGAUCCUUCAGCAGUCGACUUUUUGUACUCAGCCUAUUAUUUACAUCCCUAGAAUUAGUAUCUGAUUAGGGAAAUUCUAAAUUUCUCGCCAAAGUGAUGAGUUUGUUGUUGCUGCAGAUUUUCGUGGAGAGUAUUGUAGAUUUUCUUUCAUUGUUGUCAGUGAAUAUCAUUUUCUGCACGAGAAAAUUCAAACAGUAAAUAGAAAACAGUGUGAAAAGUCAGGAGAAAUUCUUGAUUGGCAAUCAUGUAACUAAUUAUCGCUGGUCUGGAUUCCACUGCUCGUGGAAAGUUGAGUUAAAGCACUUAGAAUGGUUCCCUUGUUUUAAAAUUUCAGGGUGACAUGUCCUCCGUCACACCGAUACUGGCUUAAAUUAUAAGGGUUUUGUGAGUUAAGUUAAUUAUAUCUACGCGACAUGCAUUCACCACACUUGGGGAAAAUGCAUUGAAAUUAAGUGCAGUAGAUAGUUACAUGUAUGGCUUAGUUAUACUAUAGGAAAAGAAACGUCUUGCAAAAAUAAUUUGUAGUCAUGUCACAGGUAAUUUUGCGUCCUUGUGUGCAACAAAUACGUAGAGUAAGCCAAUUUAGCUUUCUUUUUUUUAGGUUUGUCUCUGUUACUAGAUUUAGACUUGUUUGAGAGAGGAAAAAAAAACAGAUUUUUGUACCAUGGACUUUUAAUUUAAUGAAAUCACCUUAA